UUCUAGUUCCCUCGCUGGGCAGGUCACUGGCCAUGGCUAUGCCUUGGUUUCCCCUCUGCCGGCUUGUGGUGGUGUCAUUUCACAUGAGCAAAAGUCUCGGCCACCCUCCCAUAACGGCAAGGUCUGGAGAAGGGUAAACGCUGUUCUUAUUAUGCUGCAAACCCCUUGUUCAGCACGACUAGCUCAUCAUUCUAGUGGUAUCGGCACCAUCUUGCUGCCAGUGCACUGAUGUUAUCUAUGGCUUCCUCUCUGCUUGUUGGCAUAGCUGUUUCACUCAUUUCCUCCGUCCUGUUUUCAAUCAGAGCUGAUGAAACCUUCCCCCCAUGGUGCCCAUGCUGGGACCCAAAGACCUCGUGAUACCAGCUGAUAGAGGGAUCCCAUGGGUUCACCAAAGAAGCUCACAUGAGGCUGGCUCUCCAGUCCCGGGAUCAUCCCAGGAGCCAUUCUCUGCACCUGCUCCAGCUGGAAUUCCUCUUUCUCCAGCCAAAGCUGGACUCGGCCUUCCAGAUGAGGUUCUGCCACCGCCUUCUACAUCCUACAUCUUAAAGACCUCAUACAACUUGGAGGUUGCCCAUCUAGAAGCAAAGAAUGAAAGAGGAACUAAAGGGUGGAGAUAGGUGGGUGGGUCAUUCCCCCAUCAAGCACACAAGAACUCAGUCAACAUGGUGUUAUGGAAAGUAGCUCUUGUCAAACAAACCUGAUUUAAAUCAUUGAUGAGAACUUUGGUGAGAUCACAAGUGUGGUUGGUAAAGGUCACUGCGUAGAUGUAACAGACACAGGCUUUGGUGAGGCAUUUGACCUAGUACAGCUUAUCACACCAAUGGAGCGCAUGGUAGUGGACUAAGGAAUAGCUGAUUGAUAGAUUGUUGUCACAUAGUUCUCACUGGGGAAUCAUCAUCAGUGAAAGGAGGUGUUUCCAGUGAAGUCCCCUGACGCCACUCAACGGUGUCAACAAUGGUCUGGAAGUCACUAUGAAAUCACUGUUGACAAAAUGUACAGAGGACACAAAGAGUGGAGGACUGAACAAUGGCGAUGAGGCUAGGGCAGUUCUACGGAGGGAGACGGAUGGUCAAGUGGGCCCAUCCAAACAAAGAGCUCCAGUCUCAGCACGCCUGGCAGGGGAGUUGACAAAGGAACAGACAUUCCCUGAAGCACCCAACCCGGGCUGAGGAUGGAGGCGUGCGUAGGUGGAAUAGCCAGGUGUGGAGUCUCAUUCUGAAACAUUGGUGGGCCCUACAUUCUACGGGCAGGCCAGGGAAUCUCCCGCCGGCCCCGCUGGAGCAUGUUAGCUAGCGCUUCUCGGUUCCCGAAAGAAGGAGUCUCAGCUGAAUAGUUACAGAUGCAAAUGUUACAGGGUGGCCUUAUUACAAGACGCCUCCCUUCUGUUUUCAUCUCUGUGCAACACAAUCAGGGGUUGCCGAGUGCUCCAAACAGCAGCAGGAAACACCCCUGGUGAAUGUAGGGAAAUCUGUCCUGGCCCCGUGCCCGAUGCCACCAUGAACAGCUGCCUGCACACAUCCAGCAACGUCACCCUCCUGACGUCCUCGGUCUCCAGCGUGACCGGAAUCGUUUUCCUCCUCCUGGCCGCUCUGAUCGGGCUGCCGGGCAACCUGUUUGUGGUGUGGAGCAUCCUGUGGAAGAUGAAGCCCAGCUGCCGCUCAGUCACCUGCCUGCUGGUCCUCAACCUGGCCAUGGCCGACGGGGCCGUCCUCCUGCUCACGCCCUUCUUCAUCCUCUUCCUCACUUUCAAGACCUGGUUCUUCGGCCUUGCCAUCUGCAAAGGCGUCUACUAUCUUUGUUGCGUCAACAUGUACGCCAGCAUCUUCAUCAUUACACUCAUGAGCGUGGACCGGUGCUUGGCCGUCAGCCGGCCCUACCUCUCCCAAGCCAUCCGCAAGAAGCGCCUGGUGGUCAAGAUCUUGGCCGCCCUCUGGGCAGCAGCUGUCUUGUUGGCUGUCCCGGCCUUUGUGUACCGGCAGCUGCUGUCAGACCCAUCCGGGCGGUGGCUGAUCUGCGAGCCGUGCCAUGCCACACCGGGACAGGCUGUCUUCCACUUCACCAUGGAGACGGUGGUGGCCUUUGUGGUGCCCUUUGCAGUCAUUGUGGGCUGCUACUCCGCCAUCUUGGUGCGACUGCGGGGGCGGCGGUGGCACCGCCACGGAGCACGGACAGGGAAGCUCAUAGCCGCCUUGGUGCUCUGCUUUGCUGCCCUCUGGGUGCCCUACCACGUGGUCAACGUGCUGCAGGUUGCCUCCAAUGUGGCCUCAGGGAGGGUGGCGGAGAGCCUGGGCCAUGCGUGGAAGGCUGGCCGGGCGGGGGCCACUGCCCUGGCCUUCCUCAGCAGCAGCAUUAAUCCUGUCCUCUACGUCUUCGCCGCCGGGGACCUGAUCAAGACCUCAGGGGCCAAGUUCAUCGCUCAGUUCUUCGAGGGGGCCUCCGGGGAGGUGCACAAGAAGUCGCCCUCCCAGAGGGACCUAGACAAGGACACAGUAGCAGGGGAAGGCAUGGAGAUAGGGCAGCUGCAGGCAUGGGGGGAAGGGGUCAAGCAGGACGGGGCCAUAGGGCAGUUGACACCCCCUGGACAGGAUCCACACCAAGCUGCAGCCCCUUAGCCCGCUCUUAUGCAGUCCUACUUGUUCACUACCCUUGCGGGUGCUUUCCCUUUAAGGGUGAAGUUUCUCUCUGCUGGACAUGGUUUCUCAUAGACACUUUCCCUUUAAGAGCAGGUCCUCAUGGACCUCCCCUUUAAUUUGCUCUUAAAGGAGAGUUUCUUGCUGCCAGACAUUUCUCACUACUGGAUACUGAUCUUCAUGGACACUUCCCUUUUAAUUUGCUUUUAAAGGGAAGUUGUGCCAAACAUUUCUCACUGCCAGAUUCUGGCCCUCAUAGAUGCUUCCCCUUUAAUUUGCUCUUAAAGGGGAAUUUCUUACUGCCAAACACUGCUGCCUUACGUUCUUGUGCCCCUCCUGUGUCAUGGGACAUGCCCUUCGCAGGCACAGUUUAACCCUGCCAGACUCCAUCCAGCAUGGAGACUUUCCCUUUAAGAGUGGAAUUUCUCACUGCCAGACUCUGAUCCUCAGGGAGAUGUCCCCUUUAAGGACACCGUUUCUCACUGCCAGAGUCCAAAUUUCAGGGUCACUUCCCCUUUAAGGGGCAUUUAAAGGGGAAUGUCUUUGUGCUGGACUCCCAUUCCCAUGUUGUAUUAAUGGGAGCAAACUGCUGCCUCUUUGUGGUGAAAUGUGCACAUUGCGAGUCCAGGUCAUAGACUAGAAAGACAUAGGAACUGCCCUGCUCCCAGACUGGCCCCAUGGCCCUGCCGGGUAUGGCCCAGGGCACAUGCCGCUGUCCCUUGCCCCAUGGACUCAUGUGGUUACCACCUGUAGGUGCCGUGAAUACAGGGGGCCAGGCCAGCUACUCACCUGAUGUAAUACAAAGGUUGUUAUAUGGGUACCGCUACCCAGUCAAUGUUCCUGGGUUCUAUCCCUAGCUCUUGGAGGGGAGUGGUGUCUAGUGGUUAGAGCAGUGGUAGCUGAGAGCCAGGACUCCUGGGUUCUAUCCCUAGCUCUGGGAGGGGAGUGGACAUUGAAGUUAGAACAUUGAGGGCUGGGCAUCAGGACUCCUGGGUUCCAUUCCUGGCUCUGCCACUGAUCUGCUAUGAGUCCUUAGGCAAUAAACUUCCUCUCUCUCUGCCUCAGUUUCUCCUCCCAUCCCUUGUCUAUUUAGUUUGUAAAUAAGGCAGGAGUUGGCUGUCAUUCUGAGUCUGUGCAACGCAGGACACAAGGGAGGACCCCACCCCGAUCUCAGUCAGGGUAUGUGCAGCCCCAGGCACAAUCUGGGCCCUGAUCUCUGUGGGGAUCUCUGCAACACCUGCCACAACAGGAGGGCCUGAUCUGACCCAGAUUUGUGCUGAUAGUACUAAAAAUAUCAUCCUUUGAAUUCAUGGACCGAUACCAUCUUGUCUCUGAACCGCAGGACAACAAGAUCUUUGCUCAGACAACACCCACAUGAGGUGAUAGGUUGAGGGUUACAUACCAUCAAACUCAUUCUUUGGUCAGUAGAUCUAUAAAUAAAUCGAUCAUUGGUGUGUUAAGAGCCCAUGUUUAUGUUACAUAGAACUAAUUGUAAUAAACCACUUCAUAGGUGUUGAAAAUUCAUCUGACACCCAGAGUUCCUGUUCAACUUCAGGAAGUCAUGAAAAGCUUUCAGACUCUUAUUAGUUGGGUUGGGUCAAUUAAAGGUGGAUUUGAUCCCUGCCUCUGGGAGAGGAGUGGGGUCUAGUGGUUGGGUGCGGAGGGCUGGAAGCCAGGACUCCUGGGUUCUAUUGUGGCUCAGGGA